AUGCCGUCGCUUCCUACUUCCUCAUUGAACACCAGCUCUCUGCUUGAACCUUCCUCAGGCCCACCCCCGGCCUCCUUGCAAAAGCAGCUCUUCGCGAUUUCGAUCACCACGAUUGCAACAGCUGCUAUCGUCUGCUGGGACUACCUUGCUUUGUUACGGGCCGAGUUGCGUCUGUAUCGUAAUGGAGGAAAGGCUCUAUGGAUGACACCGGUCACCUAUGCAUUUGUUGUUCUACGGUACUCUGUGUUCGUUGCGAUGGUACCUUCUGUCUUCUUCACGUCUCUGCAAACUCGAUUCUGCCAGCUCACUGUGACCCUGUCGGAACUUGGUCUGGUCCUGGUCGUAGCUUCCUCCGGCGUUAUCUUCGCUAACCGCGUUGUCGCCAUCUGGGGUGGUUCCAGAGGGGUCACUCUACUUGUUGGGUGUCUCUAUGUCGCAAUGGUAGUCUGUUGGGUUGUCGUAGGUCUGCAGUACCACGCAGUUCCGGGCCCGCCAACGCCUCUGUUCUCGAAUUGCAUCUUGGUCGACCUCGUGCCAUGGGCACCGAUCAGUUACGCGUCAUCUGUCGUCUACGAUGUGGUCAUCUUCAUCAUGACCCUCGCGAAGUUAAAGAGCCCGACCCUCAAGGACUCCGCAAUCAGCAGGCAGAUCUAUCGAGAUAGCCUGCUUUACAUGGCUACUACCGCUGCCAUGAACAUCACGGUUGUCUCUAUUCAAGCAUUGCCUGAUAGCUUUGAACUCCUCAAGCCUACGGUUGUACCUUUCUCCACUGUGAUAACCGCGACUAUGUCACAGCGGGUAUACCUGAACCUGAAGCAAGCGAGGAAGGAUCAAACCUCGUCCAUCGACCCGGCCACCUUCGUCCUGGACCACGUUAGGGGACGCUCAACGGAUUACGACUGCAUCAUAUCGCGAUGCGCCGCCUUUGCCACGAUGAUCAAGAUGACUAAACUGCGGAUGAUCCCUACUCGCAACAAGUGCUGCACCAUUUUACGACGAUCUGCCACGAUGUAA